CGUUUCUCACGCGCAGAUUUUUUUGUUCACUUCAGCGCCAGCUCUCGAACCUAGUAAAUUACUUUUAACCAAAAAAAUGGUAGGGCAGUGAAGCUAGCUCGCUUUUAUAUUACCAUAUAUUUCAACAAGUUUAAAACAUAAGUCUUUAGCAAAAUAAGGAUUUUUACUUUGAUAGCCUGUUUUGUUUAGGCCAAAAUAGGUCAGGUUUCUUUCACACAAGCUAGUUAACGUAGCUAGCUAGCUAGGUUCGAGGUUAGCAUAACGUUAGCAAUAGGCUAAAGCUGUCAGUUGAACCAGUUCUGUAGCACAUUUAUCUUCUUUCUUGUCAACCAGCAAAAGAUGGCAACUCACAAUGGAUGUGCUCUGAAAGGCAAAGCAAAAGGCACUAAAACCACCUCAGGCAAACCCCAUAUGGAGGACUUCAAUGGGAGUUUCAACAUAGAAAACCUUCAAGUAGUUGAGGCUGAGACAUUGAGAGGAAGGAAACGUCUCUCAGAGGCAGAUGAUGACAUUGACAUCACCAAAGGAGGGGAUAUGAUGACCAUGUUGGACAGAUUUGGAGCGGACAUCAACAAAGCRUUCCUGGCAAAACGCAAACGCUUGGAAACGUUCACCAAGUCCUCUGUGAAGACCAGCCAUCAGAAGAUUGAGCAGUUAUGGAGGGUCCAACAAAGAGACAGGAGUAAAGUGACAGAAGACUACUGCACCCAGUUCAAUGCAGUCUUCAACCAGUGGGACACAGAUGUGCAGAAGUCCAAGGAUAACGAGGAGAAACUACUGAGCAUGUUCCAGCACCAGCAGAAAAUGUUUCAGCACAUGAGGGCCUCKCAAAGCCAGAGACUGAAGUCUCUCAAGCAGCUGCUAGAGCAGUACAUCCAGAGCCUUGAUACAAUGGAGAAGACCCAUGUCAGCCAGCAGGGUGAUGUACAGGGUGAGCUGCGCCAGGAAAUGGCACUGUUUCAGAAAAAGAUCCUCAUGGACACACAACAGCAAGAGAUGGCUACAGUGCGCAAGUCUCUGCAGACGAUGCUGAUGUAAAUUAUUUAGAAUGAAGGUAGCCAAGAAGAAUCAACUCCAUCCAAAGGCUUUUUGUGUGUACAUAUCACUGAGCUGGGUUGUCUGUAUUGCUUUAGUUUAUAACUGUGUUCCAGAUAGACCUUUACAAUGGCCAGAGAAGUGUUAAACAUCUCAGGAACCAUAUCAACCUUGAUUCUUUAAUCUGCAAAUACCAGUAAUGGUUCCAGGGAGAUGGGAGUUUUAAAAUCUUAAAGUAUGGUGUGUACAUGUAGCAUUUCUGUUAUCAACUGCUUCAUUCUAUGUUAAAUCUACUUAAUUAAACCCUGAUUAAGACAGGGAUGGAGAAAUUAAAUGUGACUUUAGUUGUUAAUGUUGUCAGGAAUUAAUACCAUCUGUUAUUGUAAGUAUAUAAACAUUUAUCACAAAUGA